GUAACAUAAUGCAUUGCCUGCAUUGUGACAAUGAGAUAAAACUUAGAGAUUAGAGAACCUUCUGGAUUCUCUUACAUCAUUAACUCCACCUAUAAAAUAAAUCCCAAACUCCCAUUUUUCUUUCCAAGAUUAAACGCUGAACCCAAGAGAGGGAUCGAUUUCUGCAUAAAACAAUGGCGGAUGGUGUUUUCGGGUACCCUUUUAGGCGCCUGUUUUGGAACACUCCGGUAUUCCGCGAAUUUUCUGGAUCAACGGCUCUUAUGGAUUGGCUUGAAACCCCUUCUGCUCAUAUAUUCAAAGUCAAUGUUCCAGGGUACAGUAAAGAGGAAAUAAAGGUUCAAGUGGAGGAGGGGAACAUUUUACAGAUAAAGACAGAGGUCGGCAAAGAAGAAAGCCAUGGAAACGACACCGUUUGGCAUGUAGCAGAGAGAGGGACAGGAAAGAAAAACUUUUCUAGAGAAAUUGAAUUGCCAGAAAAUGUGAAGGUGGAUAAUAUUAAGGCCCAGGUUGAAAAUGGUGUUCUCACCAUUAUUGUGCCAAAGGAUACAAGUCCUAAGCCAUCUAAAGUCAGAAAUAUUAAUAUUACUAGCAAGCUUUAAAAAUAAAUAGUUUUCAAAUUUGAUGAUGAGAUUAGCUGAGAUUGAGAAAUAACAGUUUGGCCUGUGGACUGUUCUGUGCAAUAGAAAUAUAAUAAUAGUUUAGUUUAUUUGUAACUAAACCUCCUCUUAGAGUAAUAAUGUCAAAUUUCAAGUAUUAUUACAUCCUUUUUUUAA